CCUUUGUGGUCUCCCUCCCUUUAUAAGAUCCCAUCUCCACUACCCUCCCCUCUUGUUCCAAUCUCUCUGUGUCUCUUCCCAAAACAGAGAAAGAAAAGGAAAAAAUCAUGGUUUCCCAAGAGAGCAUUGACCCACCUCCCUCAGCCCCCAGGAUCUCCUUCUCUGCAGAUUUUCUUGACGAGGGCGACUUCAUCUCCAUCAACCCAGAUGGCCAUUUCCACGGCCAAGAAGCCAAAGCCGAAGAGAUCACAACACUGGAGCUCGAGAAGAAGCCGAGGAACGGCGAGUUUGAGUUCUUGGUGGCCGCCAACGUGAGCCCCCACAAGAUGAUGACUGCGGACGAGCUCUUCUUCGAGGGAAAGCUGCUUCCUUUCUGGGAAAUGGAGCAGUCCGAGAGGCUCAAGUGGAUCACCCUUAAGCCGAAAUCCGGAGACAGUGAAGAAUCCCGAGAUCAGGAACCAGAUCGAGGUGAGGAAGAGAUGAGGAACAAGAAGAACUGCCGUAAUAGUCAUAACAGAGACCAAGAUCAAGAGCAGAACAGAGCAAGUUGGUUUCUUGACGACGACCCAUCGCCGAGGCCGCCCAAGUGCACCGUCCUGUGGAAGGAGCUCCUGAGGCUGAGGACAAAGCAGAGCGCUUCGUCCGCCCUCUCGUCGUCGUCCUCUUCCUCGUCCACUUCGUCUUCCUCCAGCUCGCUCGGCGAGGCGGCCUCAGUAAACGAGAGGAAGGAGGCCAGAGACAGAGACACAGACAGGGAGAGCAAUACUAACUAUCUCCAGAGGAUAAGGAAAGGGAUGGAGAGGACGAGAUCGAACAGCAUUAGGAUCAGGCCCAUGGUGAACGUGCCCAUCUGCAAGCACGUGAAGAGCGCGGGCGGCGGCGGCGGCGGGUCGUUGCGUCCUCUGUUUCCGCUCAAGAAAGGAAGAGUAUCAGAGGCAGAGAGACGUGGAAGGUGAAGGCGGAGAUGAAGGGUUGGGAUCAGGGAGAGAUGUGAAGAUUUUCUCGUUUAUGUUUUCCUUUUUUUAUGUUUUCUUUUAUCGUUUUCAUUUUCGGAUCGACUAAUGUCGUUGUUACGGCGGAUCUGCCGAUUUAGGUUGUGCAUAAGCUGACUUGUAACUUGCUUUUGUGGAAU